UUGACCGCCGCGCCGUCACGACGUUUGUGUUAUAAAAGUGGUGUUGUUAAGAUUUUGCAAUAAAUUAUUUCUUGUGAUGUCUUAAUCCUAUUGUUGUGUAUAUUUUCAAUAAAAAUAAAGAAAACUCAAGAUUUCGCUGCAAUCACACGAAGAAUUGGCUCGAAAAAAUGUCUAAACGGCAAGCAUUUGGCGACCUGGACAAUUCCCCAGCACCCUCCGAUGAUGAUUCCGAUUUUGAUGAUGACGAAGAUCCUGAUAAUUUGGAAGUGCCAGGUGGGGGCAAGACGCUGGCGGCGGCGGCGCGGCUCGGCGGCGGGGGCGGCGGGGGUGGCGGGGGAGGCGGGGGAGGCGUCACCGCGAAGCUGAAGGGCUCCCCGGCGCCUGUCUCCGUCACUGUCAAACCCACCACUAACCCACUCGCAGCUCCAUCGGGCACUGCAUUCGGACAAGCAUCCAACUGGAAACCAAUAAGAAUUCAAGCCAGCUCCCUAAAGAAACCUAUCAAUUUAAAUAUGGGUGUAGGAGGAGUCGGAGUUGCACCGAGAUUGCCGUUCAGUCAGCUGGCGGCGAUGGCCAACAUGAAGCAGCUCGGCAACACGAAGCUGCCGCAGACCAUGAACAUGGCCCCGGACAAGAGCAUUCGACAACCAGUGGAGCUGGCGAACCUGCCCGGCCUGCCCGGCCUGCCGGGGAUGAACCUGCAGCUGCUGCAGAACCUGGUGGCGGCGGGCGGCGCGCCGGGCCAGUUCGCGCACCUGCUGCAGAGCUUCGCCGCCGGCUGGGCGGGCAAGGGCGGCUGGGCGGCGGGCGCCGGGGGUGGGCCGGUCGACAAGCCCGACGACGACGACGUGGAGGACGACGACAUGGGCGUGGCGGAGACGUACGCCGACUACAUGCCGCGCAAGCUCAAGAUGGGCCGCAAGCAUCCCGACCCCGUCGUCGAGACGGCGUCGCUGUCGUCCGUCGAGCCGGCCGACGUGACGUACACGCCCGCGCUGCCCGACGACACGGUGCGCACCGGCCGCCUGUCCGCGCUGCAGCUGGAGGCCGUCGUGUACGCGGCGCAGGCGCACGAGCACCUGCUGCCGGACGGCUCGCGCGCCGGCUUCCUCGUCGGCGACGGCGCCGGCGUCGGCAAGGGCCGCACCAUCGCCGGCAUCAUCUUCGAGAACUACCUGCGCGGCCGCAAGCGCGCGCUGUGGGUGUCCGUCAGCAACGACCUCAAGUACGACGCCGAGCGCGACCUGCGCGACAUCGGCGCCGACCGCAUCGAGGUGCACUCGCUCAGCAAGUUCAAGUACGCCAAGAUCUCCUCCGCCGUCAACGGCAACGUCAAGCGGGGCGUCAUCUUCAGCACGUACUCGGCGCUCAUCGGCGAGACGCAGGCGGACACCAAGUACCGCUCGCGCUUGCGCCAGCUGCUGCAGUGGUGCGGCGAGGACUUCGACGGCUGCAUCGUGUUCGACGAGUGCCACAAGGCCAAGAACCUGUGCCCCGUGGGCUCCGGCAAGGCCACCAAGACCGGGCUCACGGCGCUCGAGCUGCAGACGCGGCUGCCGCGGGCGCGCGUCGUGUACGCGUCCGCCACGGGCGCGUCGGAGCCGCGCAACAUGGCGUACAUGGUGCGGCUCGGCAUCUGGGGCGAGGGCACGCCCUUCCCCACCUUCGUCGACUUCAUCAACGCGGUGGAGAAGCGCGGCGUCGGCGCCAUGGAGAUCGUGGCCAUGGACAUGAAGCUGCGUGGCAUGUACAUCGCGCGCCAGCUCUCCUUCCACGGCGUGUCGUUCAAGAUCGAGGAGGUGCCGCUGGCGCCGGCGUUCCGCGAGACGUACGACCGCAGCGUGGCGCUGUGGGUGGAGGCCAUGCAGCGCUUCACCGAGGCCGCCGAGCUCAUCGACGCCGAGCCGCGCAUGCGGAAGACCAUGUGGGGCCAGUUCUGGUCCGCGCACCAGCGCUUCUUCAAGUACCUGUGCAUCGCCUCCAAAGCCAACCAGGCGGUUGUGCUGGCGCGCGAGGCGGUCAAGUGCGGCAAGUGCGUCGUCAUCGGGCUGCAGUCCACCGGCGAGGCGCGCACGCUCGACCAGCUCGAGCGCGACGACGGCGAGCUCACCGACUUUGUCUCCACCGCCAAGGGCGUGUUCCAGUCGCUUGUGGAGAAGCACUUCCCGGCGCCGGACCGCGAGCGCAUCAACCGGCUGCUGGGGCUGGAACGCGCACCCCCUCCCGCCGCCGCCGCGCCGCCCGCCAAGCGCGCGCCCGCCCCCGCCGCCGCCCCCGCCGCCGCCCCCGCCGCCGCCGCCGCCGGCCCGCCCGCCAAGCGCGCGCGCGCCGGAUCGUCAUCGGAUGAGUGGGCGCGAGACGACGACGACUCGGACGCGCGCCCCGACGACUCUGACUGCAGCGACUCCAACCCCUUCGGCGCCGGCAGCGACAGCGACGGCGGAUACGUGGCGCCGUGGGAGCGGAAGAAAAAAGCGACUAAGAAGAAGAAGCCCGCGGCGAAGAAGAAGGCGGCGGCGAGCACGCAAGACAAGAUCGAGAACAUGUUCGAGCGCAAGGCCGCCGCUCCGCCCCCCGUCACCGUGGGCGGACUCACCGGCGUGCGCGUCGGCGCCAACGGACUGCAGCUCGCCGCUCCCCGCGCGCCGCCCGCGCGCUCCGCCAUCGAGCGAGCCUGCGCCAUGAAGGAGCAACUGCUGGCCGCCAUCGAACGCCUCGGCCGUCGCCUGCCGCCCAACACGCUCGACCAGCUGGUGGACGAGCUCGGCGGGCCCGACAACGUCGCCGAGAUGACGGGCCGCAAGGGCCGCGUCGUGCAGUCCGACGACGGCACCGUGCACUACGAGAGCCGCUCGGAGGCCGACGCGCCGCUCGAGACGCUCAACCUUACCGAGAAGCGGCGCUUCAUGGACGGCGAGAAGGACGUGGCCAUCAUCUCGGAGGCGGCGUCGAGCGGCAUCUCGCUGCAGAGCGACCGGCGCGCGCGCAACCAGCGCCGCCGCGUGCACAUCACGCUGGAGCUGCCGUGGUCCGCCGACCGCGCCGUCCAGCAGUUCGGGCGCACGCACCGCUCUAACCAGGUGAACGCGCCCGAGUACGUGUUCCUCAUCUCGGACCUGGCGGGCGAGCGGCGGUUCGCGAGCACCGUGGCCAAGCGGCUGGAGUCGCUGGGCGCGCUGACGCACGGCGACCGGCGCGCCACGGAGACGCGGGACCUCAGCCAGUUCAACAUCGACAACAAAUACGGGCGCGCGGCGCUCGAGGCCGUCAUGAAGGCAAUCAUGAAGUACGAGGCGCCGCUGGUGCCGCCGCCCGCUGACUACGCCGGCGACUUCUUCCAGGACGUGGCCGCCGCGCUCGUCGGCGUCGGCCUCAUCGUCAACAGCGACGCGUCGCCUGGACACCUCACCCUCGACAAGGACUACAACAACAUGUCCAAGUUCCUGAACAGGAUCCUGGGCAUGCCGGUAGAGCUGCAGAACAGGCUGUUCAAGUACUUCACGGACACGCUCGCCGCCAUCAUGGAGCAGGCCAAGCGCAGCGGCCGCUUCGACCUCGGCAUCCUCGACCUGGGCAGCGCGGGCGAGUGCGUGCGCCGCGUGCGCUGCGUGCGCUUCCUGCGCCGCCAUGCCACCGGCCAGGCGCCCGUCGAGCUGCACACCGUCACCAGCGAGCGCGGCCUCGAGUGGGACGCCGCCGUCGACAAGAGCGCCGAGGCGAGCACGCAGGCGGAGGGCUUCUACGUGAGCGCCGCGCCGCGCAACGGCCGCCGCACCGCCGUGCUGUGUCUGCUGGCCGCGCGCCCCGCCCAGCGCCCCGCGCCGCGCCGCGCCGCCGACGACGCAUACCGCGUGUACCGCCCCAACACCGGCCUGCAGCUGCGCGUCGAGUCGCUCGCCGACAUCCAGAAGAAGUACAGGCGCGCCAGCGAGGGGGAGGCGGAGGAGGCGUGGCGCGCGCACUGGGCGGCGGCGCGGGCCACGUGCUCGCACGCCUACUGGGGCGGCGCGUGCCGGCUGCCGCACUGCGAGCUCGGCCUGCGGCGGCGCACGCACCACGUGCUGGCGGGCUCCGUGCUGGCGGUGUGGGCGCGCGUGGAGGCGGCGCUGGCGGCGCGCGCGCACACGCCCCGCAUGCAGGUCGUGCGCAUCAAGACCGACGACGGCCUCAAGAUCGUCGGCACGCUCAUCCCCAAGAACUGCGUGGAGAUCCUGAAGGAGACGCUGUCGUCGGACGCCGUGUCGGUGACGGAGCAGGAGUUCGACGCCGACGCCGCCAAGUGAACACGCGCAGCGCCGGAGAUUAAACCAAAUACUACGGCGGGCUCCCGCGCCGAGACUGAUAGAGUAGUGCGAUACGGACGUCACGUCACGUCGGCCGAUGUAAAUAUAGCGUAUAGAGCCGGGCGGGGCGGGGCGGGGCGGGGCGGGGCGGCGGUCCCCUGCUGACGAUGUCCUCGUGUAGCGAGUAGCGUUCCUAAACGCAAAACUAUUUAUUUCAUUUCGUAGUACUAAAUGUCACGAACGAUAACUUUAAUAAUAAUUAUUGUAGUUAGAUGUCGUACAUUACAGAUAUCAGAUGUACCAAAUUACAUGUUUAUAUUGUAGCGGACGAAGUCUGAACGGCCGCUCCGCGAGUGACGCGUGUGUACUGUAAAUGUAUGUACGAUCCUACUUAUACAGAUUAUUGCAAACUUCUUUAUUUCAUCUCGAAUAGGUGAAGGCGGAUGUAGUUACGGACGGCAUGCGCAGGAAGGGGGGAC